GCCCGACUUCCGCCGUUGGUGGCCACCCGCAGGUAGUGGUGUCGAGCGUCGAGCUCCCAGAACCGAGCUGGUGGGGGGCUGCUGGUGGCGGCGCAGUCUUUCGGUAGGCGGUAUGAGUUUGGCUGGGGGCCGGGCACCCCGGAAGACCGCUGGGAACCGGCUUUCUGGGCUUUUGGAGGCAGAGGAGGAAGAUGAGUUCUACCAGACGACUUAUGGGGGUUUCACAGAGGAAUCCGGAGAUGAUGAGUAUCAAGGGGACCAGUCAGACACAGAGGACGAAGUGGACUCUGACUUUGACAUUGAUGAAGGGGAUGAACCAUCCAGUGAUGGAGAAGCAGAAGAGCCAAGAAGGAAGCGCCGAGUAGUCACCAAGGCCUAUAAGGAGCCUCUCAAGAGCUUAAGGCCUCGAAAGGUCAGCACCCCGGCUGGUAGCUCUCAGAAGGCCCGAGAAGAGAAGGCACUACUGCCAUUAGAACUACAAGAUGACGGCUCUGACAGUCGGAAGUCCAUGCGUCAGUCUACAGCUGAGCAUACACGACAAACGUUCCUGCGGGUACAGGAGAGGCAGGGCCAGUCAAGACGGCGAAAGGGGCCCCACUGUGAGCGGCCACUAACCCAGGAGGAACUGCUCCGGGAGGCCAAGAUCACAGAAGAGCUUAAUUUACGUUCACUGGAGACAUAUGAGCGGCUCGAGGCUGACAAAAAGAAGCAGGUUCAUAAGAAGCGGAAGUGCCCUGGGCCCAUAAUCACCUAUCAUUCAGUGACAGUGCCACUUGUUGGGGAGCCAGGCCCCAAGGAAGAGAACGUUGACAUAGAAGGACUUGAUCCAGCUCCCUCGGCGUCUGCAUUGACUCCUCAUGCUGGGACUGGACCCGUCAACCCCCCUGCUCGCUGCUCACGUACCUUCAUCACUUUUAGUGAUGACGCAACUUUCGAGGAAUGGUUCCCCCAAGGGCGGCCCCCAAAAGUCCCUGUUCGGGAGGUCUGUCCAGUGACCCAUCGUCCAGCCCUAUACCGGGACCCUGUUACAGACAUACCCUAUGCCACUGCUCGAGCCUUCAAGAUCAUUCGUGAGGCUUACAAGAAGUACAUUACUGCCCAUGGACUGCCGCCCACUGCCUCAGCCCUGGGCCCUGGCCCGCCACCUCCUGAGCCCCUCCCUGGCUCUGGGCCCCGAGCCUUGCGCCAGAAAAUUGUCAUUAAAUGAAGAGAUGUCUAGUCCUCAGAAACUUCUAUCCUGCCCUGAUUAGGGCUCUUGCUGUUCCGUUUCCUCUCCCUGCUUCUCCCCUUUGUCACCUCUGAUCUUUGCCUAAUCUAUUUCUUUUUCCUUUUCCCCUAGUUCUUACAGGUUUCGUUGUGUUUUUUAAUCUAAUAAAAUAGAAGGAUCCCUUU